CAUGUCGUUUGGGUGGGUCUUUUUGUUGUAAUUUUUUACUGACGCAUAAAAAAGUUAGAAAUUCCAACGGCGCGCUUCUGUUUUAUGUUUUCUGCAGUAAUUUUGAAAAUUGUUUCUGCUCCUUUCAAGUUGGAAAAUAUAGUGGAUGUGUAAAAUUAAUCAAAUGCCAUGAAAAGUGAAGAAAACGCAAUAUUCUGAGAAGAGUGCAUACCUACGCUACGGAAAAUCGGAUUAGGUGGUGGCUGUGGUGACGGUAGCAGUGGUAGCAGCAACAGCGAAAACCGAAACAGUACAAAAGAUAACAAAAGUAAAGUAGAAUAAGAAAAAGGCCGUAACGCAAGGAGAAAAGCAAAACUGGUCAAGUGCAAAAAGUGUUGUUGCUGUCCCGCUGCCUUGGAGUAGCGCUUGUCGAGUGUGCGUUUUCACCCAUCCACUAGUGGUAGCGUUAAAACAAGCGGACGUGUUGGAAUCGAAUACGUAUGUCGUGCGACGCGAUGCGAUAAAAAAAAUUCAACAUAUGCAUUUCACUAGAAAAACUCGGCAACUUGUCCACGAAAACGCCAAACAAAUAUAUUUACGACUAUCCGUAAAACACCUCGCGCGUUACUUUAAAAUUUAAGUUUAAAAGUGCUUUCGUGUAAUUUAGUUUUCCGUCUUCGUAUAUACAUACAUAUGCAUCUCGUAACAAAUCAGAAUUUUUUUUAUGCAAAGAACCAAUUGGUAAGAGGUGAAAGUGCUUGCAAAAUAAAGUUAGUUGUAUGUGGAAAAAAUACAAUCGGGUCAGUGAAAUACGGUGUUAAAUAAUUUUCAAGUAAUUUUGUCGCAACUUAUGUCGUAAAUCGUCGUCAUGUUCAAGUGCAUUCCAAUAUUCAAGGGCUGUAAUCGCCAAGUUGAAUUCGUUGACAAGCGGCAUUGUUCACUGCCCAGUGUUCCAGAGGAAAUUCUUCGUUAUUCACGUACAUUGGAGGAGCUAUUCUUAGAUGCGAAUCAUAUUCGAGAUUUGCCAAAGAAUUUCUUCAGACUUCAUCGUUUACGAAAAUUGGGCCUAAGUGAUAAUGAGAUAGUCCGAUUACCUCCAGACAUCCAGAAUUUUGAGAACUUAGUGGAACUGGACGUUUCACGAAAUGAUAUUCCAGACAUUCCUGAUGACAUCAAACACCUGCAAAGCCUACAGGUUGCUGAUUUCAGCUCAAAUCCGAUUCCAAAACUACCUGCAGGAUUUUCUCAACUCAAAAAUUUAACAGUUUUAGGUUUAAAUGAUAUGUCACUUACCACAUUGCCAGUCGAUUUUGGAUGCUUAUCACAAUUGGAAUCAUUGGAGUUGCGGGAGAACCUAUUAAAACAUUUGCCCGAAUCGAUACGACAACUGACUAAGCUAAAACGAUUAGAUUUGGGCGACAAUGAAAUCGAAGAGCUACCACCAUAUUUGGGUUACUUGCCCGGCUUACAUGAGCUUUGGCUAGACCACAACCAGUUAGAAAGACUGCCACCUGAGAUCGGAUUACUAACCAAUUUGACAUAUCUGGAUGUUUCUGAAAAUCGGCUCGAGAAAUUACCAAACGAAAUCGGUGGCCUCGAAAAUUUAACCGAUUUGGAUUUAGCACAAAAUUUACUUGAAUCUCUACCCGAUGGAAUUGCAAAAUUAAGUCGACUGACAAUUCUCAAGCUGGAUCAAAAUCGCCUACAAAAGUUAAAUCCAACCAUAGGAUCUUGUGAAAAUAUGCAAGAGCUGAUAUUGACCGAAAACUUCUUAUCAGAAUUGCCUGCAUCGAUUGGCCAAAUGACAAAAUUGAGCAACUUGAAUGUGGAUCGCAACGCGCUUGAAUACCUGCCCAUCGAGAUCGGAAAUUGUGCAAAUUUGGGCGUUUUGAGUUUGCGAGAUAACAAACUAAAGAAACUACCACCAGAGUUGGGAAACUGUUCGGUGUUGCACGUGCUGGACGUGUCGGGCAAUCAGUUGCAGUACUUGCCGUAUACACUGGUUAAUUUGCAGCUGAAAGCUGUUUGGUUAUCUGAAAAUCAAGCACAGCCGCUACUGACGUUCCAGCCAGACACAGACGAGGCAACAGGUGAACAGGUACUGACAUGCUUCCUACUGCCACAACAAGAAUAUCAACCAAUUACACCAGAUUACCCACCGUGUCAACUCUAUAGAUCGAGCGAAAAAUUCGAUUCGUCGGAAUUCCACGUCUAUCAACAAAAAGCGCGCGAGCUUGAAACCGAUUCGGACGGCUGGGAAGAGCGUGAAGCUUCAAGAACACAUUCCGUAAAAUUUUCCGAAGAAUCAACGCAGGAGAAGGACACACCAUUUGUUAGGCAGAAUACGCCGCACCCCAAAGAGCUGAAGGCAAAGGCACACAAACUAUUUGCCAAAGAUCGUAGCCGUGCUGAUGACGCCAAUUUAGAUACAGUUUCGGAAGAAACGUCAUCAAAGUUCUCUGUUAGUGGGGCAUCCAGAAUUGGGCCUAAUUCCACCAUAGUUGAGCAUAUAACAGAAAUAAAGCCCAUCUAUGAAAAUCACCAACAACCACAGCCGCUCUCACCACAAACGCCAAAAGCAGCGGUAUCAUUUUCACAACAACCGGUUAUUGCACAAGUAGCGGGGCAACAACCAAAUUCGGAUGGAAGUUCAGUAACAGCCCACGAACCGAUUGCAAGUGUUGCGCCCGAACAUGGCAAUGUUCCUGUGGUGGUAGCUUCAGCAGCAGUAACAGCGGCAGCUACUUCCAGCGGCACCGGCGAUGAUGAAGAAGAAGAAGACUUUGAUGAAGCGGAAAGGCGUGUGGGCUUCCAAGUCGAGGGUGCGGAUGAUGAUUUCUACAAGCGCCCAAUGAAGUUGCAUCGACGCGAUACUCCGCACCACUUGAAGAACAAACGUGUACAACAUAAUCUCACCGAUAAAAAGGCAAGUGAAAUUCUCGCCAAUGCGUUAAAUCAAGAGAAGAAAACGGCACAACUGGCUCCAGUUCAAUCGCCAAUACAGGAAAAUGUGGCGGCCGAGCAAAAUGAACAGCAAUCAUUGCAACAGCAGCAACAACCCUUCACGGCACCCAUUUCACCCAUUCCUCCACCAACCGUGCCGACCCCACUCUCAACAGGGCAAUUACCUGAUGAUGCGGUUGAUGGGCUGACGGAGCUACGUCUCGAACAGUAUGAAAUUCAUAUUGAACGCACCACUGCUGGUCUUGGCCUGAGUAUAGCGGGCGGGAGAGGCUCAACACCCUUCAAAGGCGACGAUGAGGGCAUUUUCAUAUCACGUGUGACCGAAGGUGGCCCAGCGGAUUUGGCUGGCUUGAAAGUUGGCGAUAAAGUACUAAAAGUGAAUGGUAUUUCUGUGAUCGACGCCGAUCACUAUCAGGCUGUACAGGUAUUGAAAGCCUGCGGAGCCGUGUUGGUGCUGGUGGUAGAGCGCGAGGUGACCCGCCUUAUUGGACAUCCGGUAUUUAGCGAAGAUGGCUCUGUCUCACAGAUUUCGGUGGAAACACGGCCAUUGCCAGCGCAACAGCAACAAUUUACGCAGCAACAUGAAAAAUUCAUUCCGGCACCAAUUGAAAUUAUUCCAGAACAGCAACAGCAACAACAACAACCUGCUACAAAUUUCAACAGUUAUCAAGCAAAUGUAUUUACCACACCGUCAACGCUUACGGGAACAGCAGGAGCAACAAAUGCGGCAAAUUUAUCACAGCAACAGCAACAGCAGCAGCUACAACCGCAACACGUUGGGGUUGCAACAACAAAUGGCAUUUUGGAAAAUGGCAAGUUGACGCAGGAUGCCCCCUUGAGCUAUCUUCAAUUGCACACGACUUUAAUUCGCGAUCAAAUCGGACAGGGUUUGGGCUUCAGCAUUGCCGGUGGAAAAGGCUCGCCACCGUUUAAGGAUGGCUGCGAUGGAAUUUUCAUUUCACGCAUAACUGAAGGUGGUUUGGCGCAGCGUGACGGCAAAAUAAUGGUUGGCGACCGUGUGAUGGCUAUUAAUGGAAAUGACAUGACGAACGCAUGCCACGACGCCGCGGUACAAUGUCUCACAGAGCCGCAGCGAUUUGUGCGCUUAGUUUUGCAGCGCGAAUACCGUGGACCUCUGGAGGCGCCGUUAAGCCCACGCAGUCCCGCUGUAUUGAACUCGCUUAGCCCUUCCGGAUAUCUCGCAAAUCGGCCAGCCAACUUCAAUCGUUCCAUUGGAGACAUAAUAACAGAGCAGGCACAAAGUAAUUUGCAACAUACUCCAGUACUGGCACAACAACAACCAACCCAACAACAAUUCAACUACACCACCCAACCGUCGGCAUAUGAGACACAUAAAAAUGCCGCGAUACCCAACGCAACAGCAGCAACAAUAACAGCCGGAACUGCAGAUGGUAAUAUUGUGCCGAAAACAAAUGGUUUUACGACUGCAGCAACGAUGGCGUCCUCAAAACAACCCCAGGCGCAACAAAUCGAUAAGAUUACGGGACAGCCAGUACCAGCUCCCAGGCGUGCCAACUCUAUUCCUUUAGGUGACGCGGCAGCAGAAGCGAUGCCAGCCAACGGCGAUGCCGCGCAGCCAUUCAAACCGGCACCCACUACGGCCACAAACCCACCCACAGAUGCUUCUUCAGAAACACAGGUGCCGCCGCUCCGCCCGCUGACAAGUGAAGAUUUCCAAGCGAUGAUACCGGCACAUUUCCUUAGCGGUGGCAGUCAACAUCAGGUGAAUGUGGCGCGUGGCAACGAGGUGGGUGUUGGACCCUCGGUCACCGUAACGGUGAACAAAGCUGUUCCAGAUCUGCCUAUGUUCCCGGCAGCGCCCACGGAGCUGGGUCGCAUUACCGAAACGAUCACAAAAUCCACAUUUACGGAAACCGUAAUGACGCGUGUCACCGAUAACCAUUUAGCGGAGCCACUGAUCAGUGAGGAAGUUAUCUUACCCAAGAAUCAAGGAUCACUUGGCUUCAGCAUCAUUGGUGGUACGGAUCAUUCGUGUGUGCCGUUUGGAUCACACGAACCGGGGAUAUUUAUUUCGCAUAUUGUGCCUGACGGUAUUGCCCAUAAAUGUGAAAAACUACGAAUGGGUGACAGAAUUUUGAAGGUGAAUGACGUGGAUAUCUCGCGUGCUACCCACCAGGAGGCUGUAAUGGAGCUGCUGAAGCCUGGCGACGACAUUAAGCUGACAAUACAACACGAUCCAUUGCCCCCUGGCUUCCAGUUUGAGGUAGAAAUUUUACAUACUGAGGAUAUCGUCAUUAGUAAAGCUGAAGGCGAACGUCUGGGCAUGCACAUUAAGGGCGGACUUAAUGGUCAGCGCGGCAAUCCAGUUGAUCCCACCGAUGAGGGUGUAUUUGUGUCGAAAAUUAAUUCAGUCGGUGCAGCGAGACGCGAUGGAAGGUUGAAGGUGGGUAUGCGUCUUCUGGAAGUCAACGGCAAUUCACUGUUGGGCGCCUCGCAUCAGGACGCAGUAAAUAUUUUGCGUAAUGCUGGCAAUGAAAUCCAUUUGGUCGUGUGCAAAGGGUACGACAAAUCCAAUUUAAUUCAUUCCAUUGGUGCAGCUGGCGGCAUGAGCACAGGCUUCCACACAUCAAGCAGUCGACAGGGUUCUCGUGCUUCCGAAACAGGCUCUGAACUGAGCCAAAGUCAGAGCAUAUCGAGCUUGGAUCGCGACGAAGAUGAACGCAUACGACAAGAUUUUGAAGUUUUUGCACCGAAAACCGAGUUGAAUAACGAACGAUCAGUAUUAGCAUCUGUGGCGGCAUUGGCCCACUCGCCCACCAUUCCGCCGAGUGCAGGCGCUUUGCCACAACAGCAUGCAAAUGAAAGUGAUACAUCCAAAAUCGGAGUCGUUCCACCGCCACCACAAACUCCUCAAGAUGCGCUUGCCACGUUUACAAAUGUCGAAAAAACGUUGGUACAAACAAAGGAAAAGAGCACCCCGGAGAAGGUGCUUGAAAUCGUUCGUGCUGCUGAUGCAUUCACCUCAGUUCCACCCAAAUCACCAGCCGAACAUCACGAUCAAGAUAAAAUUCAAAAGACCACAACGGUCGUCAUUUCGAAACACACGCUCGAUACAAAUCCGUCGACUGGGGUGGCUUCCUCACCCCCAGCAACACAUUCGUUACAAGCAGCGUUACCAACGGUCGGCACAACCACGACGACGACCACAACAACACCACCGGUAUCACCAGGUCUGGACUCGACAGUUACUACAGAUGUGGCCUCGGCAAGUCGCACAAAAGCGGCCACCCCACCACCCCAACAACAACAGCCACAACAGCAACAGAGGCGCACUCCAACUCUCCCUAUACAGAAGGCGACAGCAGAAGCUAUAACAAAGCCUAAAGAUUCCCGUUAUGAGUAUGAAGAGAUGGUAAAAAGUCAACCUCAUGUUCGAUGUGAGGAUGAGAGCGCUCCCUUGGCGCACAAAGCUAAGAAAGCGGAACCUGUUUAUAUAAUUGACGAUGAAGACGAAGAAGAAGGGGAGAAAGAGUAUGCCGACGAUCAAGCUGAAGAUUCUAAAGAUGAGGCCGAAGAUGAUAUCGAUGCGUUCUCGCCGAAUAUCUCGGCUGACCAGGGUGACACAGAUUCUGAUUAUUUUGAGCGGCCUCGCCCUUCGCCACGUUACACAAGUGAUUCUGAGAACGACUACCGACCAUUUCGACCCAACGUCGAUCGGUUGGGAAAUAUUUCUGGUCGCAGCACACCAGAUCUCUCAAGUUCCACAUUUGGUCACCGAAAAUCUGUAAGUUUCGACUUGAGUGGCGAUGAACGGUCCAAAUCCGACUACGAACGUUCACGCACUCCUGAUGGUUAUUCACGGUAUUACGAUUCUGAACAAGAAUACAGUAGCACUCGCCCUCGUAUGCCACGCAAGGGCAUAUUGCGCUCGGCCAGCCCUUCAUCAUCCAACAAUUCGACACUGGAACGUUGCAAACGUCCCGAAAAACUGCCACCAAUAGUGCCUACAGUGGCGCGUAUCAAAGAAAUCGAUUCGCCCACAGUUCAACACGUCCGAUCGUGUUCACCUUUAUCCAGCAGGGAUGGUACUAGUGGUACUAGUAGCGGCUAUCGAAGUCCUCCACCGCUACCUGAAAGAGUGCUGGUGUCUACUGAAAUUGAAAGAGAUAACCCAUUCCGUGAAGCAUUCCUCGAUAAAACCAAAAUUGAUGAAUACACUGAAUUGGCAAAAGCUAUGUCCAAAUCUCCUUCAGCACUGAAAUCACCGAGGGAACACUUUUUCUUUGGUUCGAAGUCGACUGAGAAUUUGUUAUCAGCAGAACGUUCAGUCUCAAGUGGCCGUAGUACUCCAAGUACAGUGAUUAGCACACAGUCAAAAUCCACCGAAGAUCUACUGUCAAGCUCAACAGGUGCCAAACCAAAGAGAAUACCGCCUCCUAUAAUGCCGAAACCGGUGACUAAGAAAGCUGAGCUGGUACAUAAUGUGGCGUUGGAUGCCUUUCAAAAAGCUGAUGUUGGUUAUGGCGACUUUACGGUUUUCGAACACGAUCCUACCACAAACACAAUUCAUGAAGUGAGUUCGCCGCCACCUCCGACAACACCAACACUCCCAUUAACUCCACCUGCUGGUAGUAUUGCAAAACUUCCCCUGCGUGUGAAAACGCCACGUAGUCCGUCGCGCCCGCGCGAAAGCCCACCUCCACCACCCAUCAAUUAUGCUACGAUGCCUAAACCUUCUUCGCCGAGUGUACAAGUGAGAAAAAACGAUGAAGCUGAAGCGUAUUAUAUGGAGGUGUUGCCACCUCUCCCGCCGCCACCUGCAGACGAAGUACCACCUUCGCAGCGCCGCCACUCGGAGUUUAUACACGAAAAUUCACCGGACCACAUAUUGGUUACUGAAGACGAACACCGUACAAUAAUGUUGAAUGAGAAUGAAAUUCGCAAUCAGUUACGUAGUAUAAGCAGGAAGUCGCAAAUACCAGAGCUGGGCGUACCGCACGAAGAUGCGCCACCAGUUCCAAAUUAUGCGAGCAUCAAACACUCGCCAAAGUUGGAUAACUUAUCAUCAAUAGCAGCAGUACAGACAGAUACUCCAUCCAAUAACCCUCUCUCGCCCACACAAAUAUUCCCCACAGCGCAAAUUCUUCCUGUUCAAUACACCAGCCUUCCGCAGCCCCAACAGGCAAAUAUUGCCCAAGUCCUAACUGGUCAUUUGAUCCCAACUAGUAAAAACAACCUCUCGAAUUCCCAACAGAACCAAUCGCUCUUUACUGUAGGCGGUCUUGUACUGCUUCCACAGGCAACGUUCUCUACAUCAACGUCGAAAACAACGUCAUCGUCAUCAUCAUCUUCGUUGGUUACUACACCUAUUUUCCUAGCCAGUAGUGGUGCAACAGGCGGUUUAUAUAUAAAACCACCCCAGAUUCAACAACAGGCGCCUCAAAUUCAUCUGCAUCAGCGUACAUUACUGUCACCUUCAUCAGAACACAUCACCACAUCAAAAGUGCCUAAAUCGGUUUCCGAUAAGAAACGAUUCUUUGAAUCAGCUAUGGAAGAUCAACACAAACCAUCACAAAAGACAGAAAAAGUUUUCUCGUUCCUGUCAAAGGAUGAAGUUGAGAAGUUGAAGCAAGAAGAAGAAAGGAAGAUGGCAACACUUCGUCGUGAUAAGAAAUCGAGGUUAUUGGAUGGCUCGUCUGCAAAUGGCAACGAUGAGAAUGAUGCUUAUAUCACCUCCGCUCCCGCCUCUGUCGCUGCGACCAUCGCUAGUGAACAUCGAAAAUUACAAACAGAUGAUGGGAAUUAUGAGGGGGAUUAUGCUUAUGAGGACGAUAGACGCCUUAUGGCUGACCACCGUAACGUACUACGCGAGCGUGAUAAUUGUGAUGCGGAUGACAUGAGGGUAAAAUCACCGUCACCGUCACCACCUCCACAACAACCACAACCGUUACCAGUCCGGCAUCCAGAUGCGGAACCGCAAACGUUGAAACUUAAAUUCGAAAAAUCGAAGAAAUCGAAAAAUGCGAAGUUGAAGGCAAACGAAAUUGCAAAAAUUCAGGGUGCGAGCGAAUCGCGCAAAGACGACAUAGCUCCAGAGCGUAACGUCGAACGGAUGGUAUCUCCAGCAUCACCUCUAACGUCGGCACAAAUAAACCCACAGCUUCCGUCACAAGUAACGUCCGAAUGGACGACUCAACAGCCGCACUUGGCAACAUUCAAAUCACCGGCACUUGUUAAGUCCUUGACCGAGCCACGUGCUAUGGCAACAGCAGCAACAACAAUUGCUACUGUAGCACAAUCACCCAAAUUUGAAGUAGAAUUUGCACUGACACCGUCAACACCAACACCAACAAUGACACCUGCGCCCGCACCACGCACCGUAACUCAACAACUAAGCAGCACUAUAGCUCAGUUUAUGGAUGCUGAACGACGGCAGCACGUUGAGGUCACCAACGAUUUCAAUGACGCUGAAGAUACAGAGAGUAGCAUUGAGAGUGUUAUUGCUGCUGCGCCAACAACAACUUCAUUGCCGUCGUCGUUGCGCACACCCAACCAGAAGCCAUCACUGUUGCCGAAGCCAAAAGUUAAAGUCAUCAUACCACCUGCAUUGCUGCUGCAACAACAACAGCAACAGCAAGAAGAACAACACGAAUUAUCACCACCAACACUGACCAGUCGCAUUCCCAUCCGCACAGCAAAUGCCGAAAGGCGCGCGUUGAAGGCAGCUGGUGCGGCGGCGGGAACAGCGGCUGAUUGUGGUGUUGCGAGUGUUGAAAAAGUUGCUAUUGCUGUGGGAGAGCGCUCACUCGACGCAACGCUACGCGAGCAGUCACCUACAAAUGUGGCGAAGAGCAAAGCAAUGAUUAAUGCUGAGAAACGAGCAUCCUGGCGCGCUGCUCGCUUGCGCUCACUGGAACAAGGUGCACAGGAGGCUCAAAACGUCAUCAAAAAUAUGAAUAAAAUUGCAGACGAUCUACUGGUUGCACCCGCCAUUAGCGAGGCUAAAAAGAUUGUUUUUCCAAAAAUCGCAAUAAAAUCAAGCGAUGGUCCAGUUAUAAUACGCGAACGUGAAAAGAUACUCGAUGAAAAAAUUAUGCGGCGAACCGAAGAGGUGCCAUGUCCUGUCACAGGACGACCUCAAUUGCGAACCGUUGAAUACAUAGAGAAAAUCAUCGAAACUGAGGUGGAAACUUGCCAGGAGAAGAUAAUCUCAUUAGAAUUGCAAGAUCCGGAAAAUGAUGAUGACGAUAGUAACGACAGCAGAAGAGCCAAAAGCACCAGCCCAUAUGCAUUCCCAACUUACGGCGUAAGUAGCAAAGACUCAACAACAGUGGUGGCAGCAGCAACACCAACAACCGUUGCAGUUGCCAUGGCAGAUGAGACAUUAGAGGAUGAGGAACCGCCGGAGCUAUUGAGAGAAACCAUACUAUUGGACACAGUUGACGAGCAUGACUACGAUGACACCACAGAUGAAGAUGAAGAAGAAGAAGGUGAGGAGGAAGAGGAGGACGCUGCCUCUAUAGUGACCGUUCAUGCAAAUAAUGAACAACUGUUCCUACGCACCGAUGAUGAAUCUAUCGUUUCUGAUGAUUUCGAUGGUAUUGGCAGGUAUGGCCCCUCGUCCAUCGACAGCGUGUCGUCCAUAUCAAAGUUGCGUAUACAACCUGUUCCAAUAACAAUACACCAGACAUUGGCUAAGGAAGUUGUUGUAACAGCGCCGGCUGUCUCAACUCGAAUUGUCCCAUCAACGAAUACCGAAUCUCCAAUACAUGGUACAACCGCAGCACACACCAUUGUGGAGGUAGUAAACCCGUUGAUAUCGGGAGAUGGGCAGGUAAAAUGCAUUGCGGUGGGAAAGAUAACCGAAUACGAAUAUCCAAUUUUCGACAAUGAAACAAGGAUGAGAUUGCGGUCACAGCGAAUUGAUAGCGAUGUUACAGAUGUUGACGCAAAGAAGGUAGAGCAAGACGUUGAUGUUGAACAUGGCGAGGAUGACAAUGAUGAUGAGGCUGAGCAAUUGGCGGCUGCUGCGACGGGAGUAUUUCGUAGUGAUACGUUUGUCUUGCCUACAAUACAACAACAACAACAUCAAGAGCAACACCAGCCGCAAGAGGAACUUUCAUUGAAUGCAAAAAUGAAGAACGUAUUGGUGGAGCUAUUGGAAAAUGAGCGUGUUAAAUUGAAUUUACAGAAAAGCCUUGAAGAGGAUGAUGAGGAGCAGCAAGAACUCGCCUACGGCGAUCCCGAUGAUGAAGAUGAUGAUGCGGUUGACUAUGCAGCAGUACGCGGUAGAGAAUUCAGCGGCUUUAGCCGUGGCGGAGUGAGAGGUACGAGCGAUGGUAAUGGCAAUGACCGAAUGCUGGUGGAACUAAUGAGGGACAGUAACAGGAAUACAAUUAAAAAGUUGGCCGGAGGCUUGGACGAUGAUGAAAGUGAUGUAGAGGAGGACGAUGAUGAGGGAGAGGAAGAAGAAGACUCCUUAGAUUCGAGUGAUUCAGAGGACGAUGCAGAAGAUGAUGAAGAGGCUGUGAACAUAACACUUAUCGAUGGCUGUCAAGUGAUUGAGAACCCGAACACCGAAACGCCACUAAAAUUGCAAAAAUCACAAACGUAUACUUCCAUGAAGGACGCAGAGCAGCUACAGGACAAGCCAACUACUGAAGUAGCUAUCGCACAGGAAGAUGUGGACAAGGACAUCGAGCAUACAGUGGAAAAACUUCAGGCAGAACAACGUAAACUUGAAGAAAUCACAAAACAACUGCGCAAAUCUGUGGAAAACUUAUUGGCGGACGACGAUGCAAUUGCGGGAGCAGUUAGUCACACAAACAAAGGUGAAAAUAGUGAAAUCGCUGAAAAUCUGACACAUGAAGUUGUACGCACUGUGGAAACGAAGACUGUCAUAGACGAAGAUGGUAGCAAGAAAACCAUUGUUAUUGAAACUAUACACAAGCCCGAGAGCAAGCCAAAGCAGCCUGAACGAUCUCGUGAAGAGUCAGGCGAGGCGCUUUUUAACAAACUCCUGCACGCUGGCGGCGAUCUUAAACAGAUAUUGGAUCGACAAACGGGCGAAAGUGUUAUAACGACCACCACCACAGAUACGGACGGCACUGUCACUACAACUACGACCACAAUCUCAAAUGUGAUAAAAAGUGGCAUCCCACGUGCCGUGGUGUUGAAAUCAGAAACUGGUAAAACUGAAGAGACCACGGAUGCGGAAAGUGUUGGACGUUCCGGAGAAACUGAUGGCAGCAGUAGUAAACAGAACAAACAAAAACGUAAAGGAAAAAUGGCAACAAGUAAAUAAGAGAUAAAAUUAACAAAAUGAUAUUUCGCUGAACACAAGAACAUCUCAGCGGCACUGCAUUCGGCGUGAAUAGUGCAAAAUAAAAUAUCUAUACAUAUAAGUAUACACACAGAUAUUUAUAUAUGUGUUUAAAAGUAAGUUUAGGAGCCGAAAUGAUACAUAACAGAACCAAUAUUUAAUGCAUACUUCUGCAGCCAGUUGCAUUUAUCGACGGAAGUAUGCGUGAGGCAGAAGUUGGGUGGUGAUAUGCACGUGGAUGUAAGGGUACUGAUCAGUAAAUUGGUCGGGGCGUAAAAUAAUCAGGUAGUAAGUAAAUUUUUUAAACACACGUGAAUAUUAAUAGGAUUAUGGAGCUAAUGGAGCGCGCUCUUUGAAAUUUUGCAAUAUUGUUUGCGGGAAGUUUUUAUUAGUGUAAUGAUAUUCCCAAUGAGUUUGAAUAAAAUAAUAAUAGCCUGACGUAGGCAUUCGUGCCAGGUAUUUUAGGUCAAGCUCUUCUUCAAUUCUACUGAUGUGCGAAAGGCGGUAAAGAAAACAAACCAGCUUAUAGAUUUAUGCCGCCUCCGAAAAGCAGAUGGAUUUUUAUGAUAAUCUUCUUUAAUAGCCAAGUUACACUUGGAUGUAAACGGCCGACAACUGUUGGAAGAAACUUAUUGAUAUUUUAAUAUCCGCAGUAGGCAUAUAACCCCUUACCUGGUAUCGUUAUACCAGGCACAAUUAUGCUUCGACAAUUUUUUAUACAAAACGUAUCGAUAUUCCUUUUGAAUUAUAUGCUUGAAUGUAUGUAUGCCUUGAGUGUGCAGGCCCCGACCCUUUAUUUUAAUAACUUAUGAGGUUUUAACUAUACAUAUUUACUUUUGAACAAUACGAAUACAUACAUACAUAUAUAAUUUGUUUUUAAUUAACAAGCAUUUGCAUUUAUCAUUUGUAACUAAUAUAAUAAAGUUCAUUGAAUAUAUUUUUGUGUUAUUAUGCAUUUAUAUGACGAUACCCAAACGACGUUAUAUGUUAAAUCUCAAUUUCCGUACCCCCACCCACUCACAAGAACGCUACGGUUUACAAAUUGGUUUAAUUUUCUGAAAGUAAAAGGUUUUAUUUAAAAAUAUUAAAUAAAAUUUUUGUUUUGCUUUUUUGUUGUAUCACCUAACGAACUAUUUAAUUUUAUACAUUUAUUUGCGCCGUUUUUUUUAUAUUUAUUUUUUACCCAACCGAUUAUUUGGUUUGUCUUUGACAAUUUUAGGUGAAAAAGUAAUGCUGCGCUAAUAAACCCACUGUACCGACAUUUGAACUCCUGUAGAUCUAUCACAUGCUUUUAUCCUUUCCUCGUGCAUCUUAAUGAGACGUAUGUGGAUGCGCGAAAUAUCGCUAGCAAAAAAAUGUAAACAAACAUAUAAGACAAAACCAUUAACGAGAGGAAAAGUAAAAAGAAAAACAAAAGAAAAAAAAAAACAAAAAAACGAGUGCAAACUUUUUAGCAUAGAAACAACUUCACAGAAAAUGUUGAAGGCUCUUAAUUAAAUAUGUAUUUUCGAUUCAAACACCUUCACAUGUAUUUGAUUAUACUCGUAAGUAAAUUUAUCCUUUUUAAACCAUUCCGUUCGUAAUUUGAUUUCUCUGUAUUUUAUAAUGUAAUAAUAAAGGAGUAACUAAUUGUAUUUUCAGUAAGUUUAAGUUACCUACAAAUGUAUGCGUGUAUUUGUUCGUAUCCAUGUACAAACAUAUAUCUACACACCUACAUAAAAUCGUAUGGAUUUAUCAUUGUAUCUACAUAUCUAUUGCUAUAUAUGUGUUUGUAAUACAAAUUUAAACUCAAUUGUUCUGCAAUAUAAUAAUGUAAGAAUGUACGAGUAUAAUGUAUAUAUAUAUCGACAUAUGUAUAUAUAUAUAUAUGUCGACAUAUGUAUAUAUAAUUUAUACUUGCAUACAUUCAGGUGUAAAUUGAAUGCACAACUAAUAAGUAAGAUUGAUCAGUACGUCCCCGAAACAAAUAUACAAUACAUACAACAUACAUCUGUACAUACAUAGGCAUUCAUAAGAAUAUGUAUGUAUCUAAAUUAAGUCCAUUGAAGCGACAUUCUAUAAAUAAACGAGGCAUAUACAUUUGUACAAUAGCUAAAUGCACACAUACAUAUAUAUA